CCAAGCUGCACCAGUGCCAGGGUGCCACACUCAGGCCUGACUCCCCCGACCACAGACGGAGAGCCACGAAGGUAAAUCGUUAGAAAUUCGACGCAUUUCCCUGCAGUGGCUUCAGACAUUAUGUGGUUUCAAGCGCAGUAAAUUAUGAUGAAAGAAAACGAGCCUCUGGAGGGUCUUGUGAGGGAGGACCUUGGUAAUUCAUCUGCUGCCUCUAACCUCGCCUUCAACGAGCAAGUGAAGGCACUCAUCAAGACAGGGCGGAAGGUGUGCCACCUGGCCUUCGGGCAGUCACCAUUUCCCGCCCCGGAGUGCCUGACGGAGGCGCUGAAGGAAUGCGCCCACAUCACCCAGUACCUCCCAACACAAGGUAUUCCGGAGCUUCGCGAGGAGCUGGUCAAGUUCCACGAGCGGUACGACAGCUUGAGUUUAAGCGCCGAGGGCAUCGUGGUGGGACCUGGCAGCAAGGAGCUCAUAUUCCUCAUCAUGGCUUCCUUCAGAGGAGAUAUCCUGCUGCCCGCGCCCUCCCGGCCCUCGUUCUAUUCCCAGAGCCGCCUGGCGGGGAAGGUCCCCAGGGUCCUCCAGACAGAGCAGGACCAGGGCUGGAAGCUCACGCCGGAGACGCUGGAGAAGGCUGCAAAGCAGGCAGCUCCUGGCUGGAAGCUCCUGAUCCUCACCAACCCCGGAAACCCUAGCGGUACCUGCUACUCUGAGGAGGAGCUUCAGGCUAUCAGCGCCGUGUGUCGCCAGCGAGGAGUUAUCGUACUUAGUGAUGAAAUUUAUGCUCGACUGACUUUUAACAGAAAGCACGCGUCCAUGGCCAAGCAUUUCCCUGAGGGCACCAUUCUCACCAGUGGCUUCAGCAAGUGGGCGUCGGUGGGCGGCUGGAGGCUUGGAUACGCCCACUUUCCUUCCGCUCUACGCCCACUCUUUGAGGCGGUCCGCAACGCUGCCUCCCACACAUACACUAACGCCCCGGCGCCCAUGCAGUAUGGUGUGGCCCAGGUAUUGAAAGAAAACGCAGAAGAGCUCGAUCUGUAUAUGACUAACUGCGUUAGAAUAUUGCAAGCAGUGUCCGACUACUGUCACAGGGAGCUGGGCACCGUUGGAGUGAGAGGGUGCAAGAGCCAAGCUGGGUACUACUUCAUGCCCGACUUCGAGGUAGUCCGCAAGGGCUUGAGUGUACGGGGCCUCACUACAGGCGACCACAUGACGGAGGCCAUGCUGGAGGAGGCAAAUGUAGCGCUAAUGGCCUCCAGCGCCUUCCUGCGGCCAGCGGAUGAACUGACUUGUCGCCUCUGUUUCGUCUGCUUCGACGGGUCGCGCGCCCUGCUGGCCCUCAAGGACGAGCCCUCCAAACACCUCCUCUCCGACGAGUUCCUCCACAAGAACUGUCUCCCUAUCGUCCAGGGCGUCCAGGACCUGAAGAAGUGGGUGCUGAAACAUCAGUAGUGGGGGAUAUGAACGCCAUAAAAUGAGAUUGGGAAACCCGGAAAAAAUAUUUUGAACAGCUAACAUAUCAUUUGGAUGGAUAUCUUUUUUUAAUAUUCAGCAAAAUUAGGAAAUAUAUAUAUUAAUAAGGACAUUGUGGACAAGCAUGAUUUCAAUGUUUAUGUUUUUUUGACUGAGUUAAUUAUCGUAGUUGAACGGUGUUAUUGAAAGUAAAGUCUGCGAACCGGAUCCUGAAUGAUUUAAUUUGCUGUUUCGUUUUGGAAUUUGCUGUUAACGUAUUAGUAUGCAAAUUUAUAUUAGUGUAUGUUAUUAGUAUGUUAAUACAAUGUAUGUAUUAGUAUGUUAAUACAAUGUAUGUAUUAGUAUGCUAAUACAAUGUAUGCAUUAGUAAGUUAAUGCAUGUUGCAAAAGAAUUGUCA